AUGCCACCCAGGAUAGUCAAGGCUCACCACUUGUUGGUGAAAACCCAUAAGCUUAGCAUCAUGCUUUCGAGCCUUCCACCUACAACAACGGUGGCAGAAAUCAAGGCCGACACGCUCUCAGCGCUCAAAUCCGACGUGGCUGACGAUGCGCUGGAUCCAUUUGCCAUGGACCCACCGCAAUUAAAUAUUGAUACUGUGGACGACUUUGAGCUAUGCCGCGCAAAGAGAGAAAGAGGGAGGCCGACAGGCGAAUACGACCUCCUGGUGCCCACAAAGACGCUGCGUGACUCAGGCCUCUUAGGAUGGGAAGCGAUAUUUUUGCAGGCUCGGGACAAAGAAACCGGCGAUCUUCUUCCGAUCACGUAUACACUUCCGCCAGUAAUAGAUGACACUGAGGAAAACCCAAGUCGAGCAUCCGAGACUACGGGUAGCAGUAGCAACAAAGGCAAACGAAAAGCACAAGAGGUGGAAGACGAAGAUCCAUCCAAAAGCGCACCCCAAACAGCAUGA